UGCUGCUCUCAAUAGUUAACAAUGGCGCACGUGCUUUCCCUCCAUCUUUAUCUCUCUGCAGAUACCCGUAAAAAUGCUCUUUCUAUGCCACUCAAGUUCUCCAAGAGAACCAACAAACCCAACAAAUCGAUUUCUGCUCUUAGAAAACGUCCUCUCAGUCCCUCGCACAAAACCCAGAAACUGAAUUUGGAGGUCUCUCCUCAUAGAGCUGUGUCUGCUGUGAGAUUGAUGAGAAUAGAGAUGGGUGGUGCAUUUGCUGAUCUCUUGAAUGAGAAAGGAAAAGGUUCUGGUGAUAAUGAGAUGGGGUAUGUUGAAAGAACUCUUGGGUUUCGAACCAAGGAUUUGGAUGAUCGUGAUCUUAGAUUGGUCACAGAAAUUGUUGGAGGCACCAUUCGUUGGAGAAGAUAUCUUGAUCAUUUAAUUUGUUCAUUAUGCCAUGAUGAGAACACGUUUAGGAGCAUGGAACCUCUUCUCUUGCAGAUAAUCCGAAUUGGUUCUUAUGAGAUUGUCAAGCUUGACAUGCCACCAUAUGCUGUUGUGGAUGAGGGAGUUUAUCUAUUUGGUUGCAUGUUUUUACUUCAGAAUGUGAGACUUGCAAAAGUUGCCCUUAGACCUGGCGCUGGUAACAUGGUCAAUGGGAUUCUGCGGAAGCUAGUGCUGCUUAAGGACAAUAACACACUCCCUCUCCCAAAACUGGAAGGUGAUGAUCGUGCACAAGCACGUGCCCUUGCCACUCUUUAUUCUCACCCUGUGUGGAUGGUAAGGCGUUGGACAAAGUAUCAUGGGCAAGAAGAAGCAAUUAUGUUGAUGGAGUGGAACAACAGUGAACCCAGUUUCAAUUUGAGGGCAAACAGUGGGAAAGGAGUGACUAGAGAUGACCUUGUAAUGCAGCUUAAUUUGUUGAAGGUUCCUUGUGAGCUUUCUUUGCAUUUGGAUUAUUUUGUCCGCAUUAAAAAAGGAAUGCAGAUUGUUAUACAAGCUGGAUUGCUGAAACAAGGCCUCUGUUCUGUUCAGGAUGAGAGUGCAGGUCUAGUAGUUUCUGUCGUGAAUCCUCAACCUGGUGAAAGCAUUAUUGAUUGUUGUGCUGCUCCUGGAGGAAAGACACUUUACAUGGCAUCUCUAAUGGAUGGCCAAGGCAUGGUAUAUGCAAUUGAUGUAAACAAAGGCCGGUUGAGAAUCCUUCGAGAGACAGCCAAGAUACACCAAGUUGAUGCUGUCAUCACCACGAUCCCUGCUGAUCUUCGUGUCUUUGCUGAAAAAUAUCCAAUGAAGUCUGACAAAGUUUUGUUGGAUGCUCCUUGUUCUGGGCUUGGUGUUCUCUCCAAGAAAGCGGACUUGCGUUGGAAUAGAAGUUUGGAGGAUUUUGAGGAACUAAAAAAUUUGCAGGAUGAGCUCCUGAAUGCAGCUUCCACACUGGUAAAGCCUGGUGGAAUUUUAGUAUACAGUACCUGUUCCAUAGAUCCUGAGGAGAAUGAAGAGAGGGUGGAUGCAUUUCUUCUCAGGCAUCCCGAAUUUCAAAUAGAUCCUGUUGACGGAUAUGUGCCACCUGAUUUUGUGACGGAGCGUGGUUUUUAUUUCUCUUUCCCAGUAAAACAUUCAAUUGAUGGAGCCUUUGCUGCUCGUCUGGUUAAGACCUAAUGAAGGACUGACUAUGCACACAUUUCUCUUGAAAGCCACUGCUACCCUUCCUGUGACCACACUCCAUGACUGCUAGAAGCCUUUUCAGAUCCUAAUUUUUGUCAAAUAUGUUGAAGGAUGAGAGGAAUGCAAGUAUAGUGACUGACUAUGUAAUUUCAACUUUUGUUUUCAAAAGGCCACUUUAGCUCCUCAAAGUUCAUUUGUUUUGGGAUCUCCCCCAGAAAGCAAGUUAUGCCCGCUUGACAUUUCACACUUCACAUGGAGGCCUUCAUGUGAUGCUUGGAGACUCUCUGACGGUUGCUUCACCAUUGGGAUCGGCUGACCUGUAAUGUAUAUAUAUAUUUUUUAUUUCAAUUGAUUUUAAUUAAGACUCAAACUCAAGUAUUUAUAAUUUUAAAGACGAUUUUAAUAUUGCUGCUGAACUAAGCUUAUUGGUUGAAAUGUAAUCAUUUUUAUUAUGAAAAUAGGAAAGAAUCGAAUUAUAUUGGUGAUUA